ACAGUUUCUAUUUUGCUACUCUCACGAAUGGUUCAGAUUCGAAUUGUCAUCCGAUACUGAUGUAUUGUAAUUGUGGAAAAGUGUGACAAAGUGCGGAUUAAAUUCAACUUUUUUUAUCAAGAAAUGCAAUAAAUUGACUCGAAAGUCGAUGAUGAUUUGCGAAAACGUUUGUUGCAUCGGAAAUUUAAUCGAGUUUUUGAUUUACAAAAAAAUGUGAAAAUUCGUUCUGGCGAAAAUGAGAUUUAACUUGGAGUUGAGUGAAUGCAUUUCUUUUUGUGUUGGUGGACUGGUGUAAACGUCAUCUACAAGAGAUGUUACGUGUUGUGUUUUUUUUUCGGUUUACAAAGCAAAGUUGUGGAAAGACCUACAACCAACCAGCAGCUUUUUUCUCAGUAUUCCAUUUCUAUCGUUGGGUGUAAACAAUAAAUGAAAAUUAAAAAAGUUGCUGAAAAGUAUAAAUGAAAUUUUUAAAUUUAGAUUUAAACAACAAAAUUAUUAAAACAAAAUUUUGUGCAAGUGAAACGAUAUAAUAACAGGCCUGAAUUGAAAUGUGUAAUUUGUGAGAAACCGUUUGUUGUUUCCAAUUUUUGAAACAAUUUUUGAGCCACAAAAAAAUAUUUGAAAAGUAAAAAAAAUAAUUCUGUGUUGUGUCUGGGUUAACAUAAAUACAGCAGAAAAUCAUGAUAUUCGUUCGGUGAUAAUUAUGCGCGUAACGAAGUGAAAAUUUGUGUGAUAAAUGCUGAAUGAAUAAGGUGAAUUAAUUCGUCCAAUAUGCGAACAAUAUAUUUUUGGAUUAUUGGAUCAUCGUCACGGAUCGAUCAUAAGAUCAACAACAUUGUUCCAGUGGACAAUACACUGGACUAAUAAAUAUGUCACAAAAUGCGGCCGAUAGUUUGCAGCCCACUUGGCGGUUGUGGGGAGAGGAGCGUGAAAAGGAUGCAAUCUUUACCGUUUACCUCAAGAAGGUUCGCUAUCAUCGGCCGACACCAAUUGCAAGCAGUCAAGACUCGGACGAAGAUAUUUCACAUCUCGAAUGGGAAACGGUACGAGUACGAUUUGUGAAGGCCGCAACAUUAGAACGUCUCGUCGACGCUUUAUCGAAAGAUGAUGGCGAACUGGAAAGUACGUUUGUCAACGUAUUCUUAGCCACGUAUCGAACAUUCGCGAAACCCGAACAGAUUUUAGACUUACUACUGCAGCGAUACGAACGAUUACACGCGGACUCCAUACACGAACCGUUGGCAGAGGAGCAUAAAAAAAGUUUGGUGUCAGCGUUGCAUGUGUGGAUGGAUGGCUACCCGGAGGAUUGGAAUCAACAGAAUCUGAAGAAAGUUAUUGCAUUCACAUCGUCACGGCUGUCCAGUUCGGAAAUACAUUAUAAAGCUUUAAAUAGAUUAGAUAAAUUAGCUAGAGCAAGAGCAGCACCGUCACUGCCAUGGGAUAAUAAUGAAUACGCGGAUUAUGCUGAACAAUUCAAUGAUUUGUGUUUAACGCCAGCUUUUCUUCCGCCUGCACAUUUACUUCAAGCGUAUCGCUUUCCACACAUACCGGUUAAGCAUUUUGCUGAACAACUUACUAGAAUGGAUAUGGAAUUAUUCAAACGACUCAUACCACAUCAAUGUCUUGGUGCGACAUGGUCGAAACGCGAGCGUGAUAAAAAUGAAGCCAAUACCGUAAUUGCAACAGUAACACAGUUCAAUGCGGUUUCAUUUCGAGUGAUAUCCAGUAUACUCAUCGAGCCAAGACUCAAACCGCAGGAACGAGCCAUGAACAUUGCAACUUGGAUUGACAUUGCUCAAGAGCUUAGAGUUUUGAAGAACUUUUCGUCCUUGAAAGCGAUUGUGUCUGGACUUCAAUCCAAUGCUGUGUAUCGACUGUCGAAGACGUGGGCGGCAUUAGUACGAGAAAAGCUGGAAAUAUUCAACGAGCUGGCGCGAAUCUUUUCGGAAGAUAAUAAUGCUUGUGCACAACGUGAGGUACUUAUGAGAGAAGGAACGGCCAAAUUUGCAGACACUGCCGGUGAAAAUGACCGUCAUCUUCAGAAAGUGUUUCAGCGACAGAACACACAUAUCAGCCAUGGAACGAUACCAUAUCUGGGAACAUUUUUGACGGAUCUGACGAUGAUCCAUGCCGCAAUACCCGACUCAAUAAACGAUCUCAUCAACUUUGAUAAAAAGCGUAAGGAAUUUGAGGUUUUAGCUCAAAUUAAGCUGUUACAAGGUGCUGCCAAUGCAUAUCAUUUACCGGACGAUCAUCUGUUCGACCGAUGGUUCGCUAGCUUAUUAGUACUGGAUGAGAGGGAAGCACACACUCUGUCGUGUCAAUUGGAGCCGCCCGAGCAGAGACGAGCGCAAGGACACAAGAAAAGCGAUUCCAUUGCAUCGAAUUCGAGCAGUGGUGCCGGUUCCCAGUUUUACUGUGAAAUAAACACAUCCGAUUCGAGAAACAAUUCUCUUGAUCGAAAUGCCACUCCUCCAACGGCUUCGAUAAUGUCCGAAGCAAGCAGCGUGUCCUCCAUAUCAAUUGAAUCCACGUCCAGCGGUAAUAAAUCGAAUAACACAAAAACGAACAGCUGCAAGUCAUCUGCUAGUCAAUAUCCAUUGAUCAAUCCGCAAUUAGUCCAGAAUGCGUCCGUGAAGAACUCUGCAUCGCCCGAUUUUUACAUCAUUCGUGUUACAUACGAAACGGACAACGUGGAACUGGACGGUAUCGUUCUGUACAAAAGUAUUAUGUUAGGGAAUAAUGAGCGGACACCGCAAGUGAUCCGUAACUCUAUGAUGAAAUUGGGUCUGGAAGGUGAUCCGGAUAGGUACACAUUGGCACAAGUAUUGCCCGAAAAAGAGCUGGUCAUGCCAUCCAAUGCAAAUGUUUACUAUGCCGUUAAUACGGCCUUUAAUUUGAAUUUCAUUUUGCGACCGAAAAAAGACGACAAUAAUUGAUUUGCUGUAAAAAUUAGAGACAUAUCGGGAUAUAGUGGGAUUGUAGCUUACACGCACGCACAUAUGUCUUAAAAUUUUUAAAGUUUACUUAAUCAACCAUGAAAUGGUCCAAAAAAAUAGUCUUUUUUUUACUACAAUUUUACAAUUUGCGUGACAAGUCUAUUAAAAAUAGUACAAGAGUUACAAGAAGUAGAAAAAGUUGAUAAAAACAUACCACUAGUAUACUCAUAAAAACACUAAGUCCUUAUUGACGUGGAUAUUAUUAAAUAUAUAUUUUGUAUGAUAUGUAGGUAAAAGUCGUGUAUAUUAUGCCGUGUAAUUAAUAAAACUAUUUAUAUUGACAAAAGAAAUAAAAACAAAAACAAUUUAAACAA